CUUGCGCCGAGGUAAUUAGCUUUCCUUUUCCACGAGUGAAUGUUAACUCCAAUAAAAUGCCUUAAACAGUUUAGGCGUGUUCCCAGUCCGACGGACGACUGACGAGAGUCUGCCUUGCGCUCAGGCCUGGAAACCAGACAGCACGAUGAAUACUUCUUAGCAAGCUCGUGGCACACCUAGAUCUUAAAAACUUUUAGUUGGCAGCGCCUUGGUUAGAUGUGUACUUUGCUUGCGACCAUGCAUGGCAUACCAUUGAGGCGCUUAGCGGGGGCGACAACAUGCCUUUUGGCCGAAAUACUACUGACAUAUAUAUUUGCAGCUGACGCCGCUAAGACGCUUCAGUUUCCGCGACCGUUGUCUGCUGCCGUCUGCCCAUCGUUUGCGCGCUACACUCGCCUACACCGCUCAGCUCUAAACCAGCACGACCAUGGCCGACACCCCAGUACCAUACCUCGGAGGCCCGAUAACAGCCGCUCGCACCACCUCCGGCAACGCCUACAUGACUAUACUGGGCUUGGCACCCCCCAAUCCUCGGCCAUGGAUGCUCCUCCGCGCGACAGCAGUUCCAACCCACUUGCCCAUAGCAGCACAAAAUCCUCUUUGCAAAGCAAUAAUAACAAUAACGACAAGGAAAGAAUCAACACCAUCACUACAAGUCACCGCCUUUCUCGCAGCCUGUCCUCAAUAUCCCGACCGAGACAUGUCCAUUUCCAGCCCCCAACCCGCCCCUCCAACCGCACCCGCUGGCUGGUCACUGCCGACCCAGACGGCCUAGCAGACCGCCUAGUAAACGCCGUCUCCUCCUUCUACUUCGCACUCCUCACUGAUCGAGUCCUCUGCAUUCUACCAGCCGACGACUCCCAACCCGGCCUCCAAGCCACAUUCUCCGCCCCAAACAUCGAUUGGACAUGCGGGCUAGGCGCUGCCGGCGGCGGCGGCGCAGCCGCCGCCGGCGGCCCCUCCUUGUCGGGUCCUGACACGGCCUUUUGGGACCCCACGGAAGACGACGCCUGGCUGGAUCCAGGCUUCCCCGUGUACGGCACCUUCGUACGGUCGCACCUUGGGUCGGUGGGUCCGCAUGCGGCAAGCACGCUGGUGCUGCGCAUGCAUCGGGGGCUCAGCGUGGCGCUGUUCAACAACCCGCACCACAGGCAGCAGCUGGAGUCGCUGGGUCUGCGUCCUGACACCGCAUUCGGCUGCGCGGUGCACUACCUGUUCGGUCUCAACGCAGCCACCCGGGCGCUGGCAGCAGCCGAACCGGAGCUGCAUGCGAUGAUGGUGGACGAGCGGGUAAUCAAGAUCGGGAUCCAGAUCCGAUUGGGUGACGAGCGGAUCUUGCAGCAGAUUGAGAAGGGAGGUGCGGAGACGCCUCUGCCCCCCGCGUCCCGCAGGGUGGUGGAGGGCUACUUGGCGUGCGCGGAGCGGCUGGCCGCCAGCGUGCAGCUGCUCAGCGGGCCGCAGCAGCCGCCACCCGGGGAGGAGAAGCAGCAGGGGGAGCAGCUGCAGCAGCAGGGGACCCCUGCGCCCCCGCCCCCCGCCGCUCCGCCCCUGCGCAUCUACUUCUACCUCAUGACUGACACGCUUGCUGUACGACAACUUGCCAGGGAGAGGUUCGGCCCCCGCCUGCUGCUGCUGCGCACCCCCUCCGUUCAGUUCUACCGCAACGUCACCCCGGCCGGGCUGCGGGCCACUGCGCUGGAGCACUGGUACCUGUCCCGCUGCCACCACCACAUUAUCACGGCGCACAGCGGCAUCGGGCGUACGGCAGCGUUCGCGGGGCUGCGACCGGGUCCCAGUGUGUUUAGCAUGGAGGUGGCGGAGGGG